UUACGUUGACGUACAGCACAACAACCUUUGGACCGAGUAUUUCACGGCCAGCGGUAUUUCACAAUUUUUUGCACUUUGUUGUGCAAUCCAGUCGAUCGGCAUUUUCCUAUUUAAAGGAAAGCGUUCAUAGUGAAGUGCAGAAGCUACCCGCUUCAAUAAAGCGUAACAGUUAUAAACUAACCUGUUAGGCCUUUUUAAACACAAACUGUCAUUGUCAAGUGCGGAUUCGCAGUCUUUGUUUUCGCCCUAGACGGUUAAACUGCAAGCGGGGUGCGAUUCUUCUCAAGUUUGUGUUUCAAGUGUUAUGCUAAAGCGACCCUGUCAGUAUUUUAAUACAACAGGAAAGUGUCGAUUUGGUAAACAUUGUAAAUUUUCGCAUAGUUCAGACACGUUUCAGCCAGAAUCUACUGUGAGGUUGACUGAUAACCAUGAAGCAGUAAAGGAUUCCAGUGAAACCACCACACUAGCUUCAGGUUUUAUUGAAACAUCGCUGCCAACACACAGCAAUAAUGAAGAUCUAAGAAAGCUUCACAUAUCCGAUUCAUCUGAAAUCUCCCCUACCGAUUUUGUAUCACAAUCAUUAAACAAGAACAACAAUGAAGCUGUAAAGCAAUCUUCGUGCACUUCCGAAGGGAGUCGAAAGCUUUGCUCUUUUUUUGCAAAGCGAAGGUUUUGUCAUUUUGGAAGGCGAUGCAGAUUUGAACAUGUACUGCCUGGAUUGACAGACCUUAGACAUGAGGAAAAGAAAACGCAAGAGACUAAGAAUUCAUCUUAUCAAGAACUCGAACAGAAAGAAGUUGCACCAGAGACAACAUCAGCAGAUGCAGGGUCAAAGAGAUCCGAAAAUGAAAAGGUUGUGGCUGAUAAAGAAAGUGAAGAAAAACCGAAGUCUAAGAAAGUUUGCAGGUUUUUUCGACAAGGCUACUGUCGUUUUGGGGAGUCCUGUAAUUUUUAUCAUCCACUGAAAAAAUCUGUUGAACCAAUUUUAAAACUGGGUGAUGAUGCUAAGAAGACCAACGCAGAAUUUACUGAAGUUAAAGCCAAGAGACUACAGAUUUCUCAAGUCUACAAUGUUGCUGAUGUUUCUGAUGAGAAACAGAAAGAAUUAAGGGCUACAGAAAUCAACCAAUUGAAAAGAAGAUUUCCUGCAGAUAAAGUACAAGUUCUCCAGGACACUAAUGACGCAACUGCCAUUCGCUUCACUUUUAUGCCAACAGAUCCAGACUGGCCAUUUGAUGUCAAGGCCUUUGACAUUCAAGUGAGCCUUCCAUCAGAUUAUCCUCUCAAGACACUCGAUGUUGAACUUCCUCUGGAUCAAGAUCUUCCAGAAACUGUUAGAAGAUACAUUGAGGUGUCCUUGAAGGAAUGGAUCACCCAUAGAGCGGAGGAUGGGGCCAAGCAAGCCACAGUGGAGCUUGUAUUUAGAUCCUUUCUACGCUGGAUGGACAGAAACUUGGAGAACAUUGUCACAGAAGGUCUUAAACAACUUCGAAGAGAGUUGACUGCUAGAGCUGCAGGUCUUGAAUUCAUUCCUGCAAAAGAACUUCAGCAGAAGCUGCCUCCGAGUCAGGCCUCUGCGUAUAGUGAUGAUCAGGGCAACAGGGAAGACAUUGAGGCGAAAGACACACGCAGAAUGGUGGCUUACAGAAAGGGUGAAAUUGAAGACAAAACUUAUGAGGGGCCUGAAUUUGGGACAGACAGCAACCAACACUCAGAUAAUGAUGAAGCUGAGAGUGAAGAGGAUGAUGAGGAUCAUAUUGAAAAUCAAGAGGGCGGAAAUGAUGAGAAAGUUCAUCAGAGGCCAAUUAUAGCUGCGGAUACAGAGCGCAGAGGGACUGAACUUUCGUUUCGAAACAUGCAAAUCUGGUACUGCACCACUGUCUUGGUAGAGAGGGUACGUUUGGUGAUCCAAUGUGAAAGAUGCAAGAACCAGACUGAUUUCUCCACCCCACCAAACCGUGUCAACUCUGUACCAUGCAGUAAAUGUAAUGCAACUCAGUUGGUGGUGUACCGGCCGGUGUUGGCACACUCCUAUUCAUCAACCUUUGGUUAUCUGGACCUGGAUGAAUGUACUGCCUUCGAUGUGGUACUGCAAGACUGCCAUAUCUCAAUGGGCUGCAUAAUGUGCUCCAGAGACAUUCUGGUCAAGACGUUUUGCCCUGGAAGGGUGAUGGAUAUAUUCUGUCGAGGCUGCCACAACAAGAUGCAGUUUGCAGCAGAAUCAGCAAAAGUUCAUCGACUGACAGAAGCUGGAGUUGAUGCCUCCAAAUAUUCUGGUGCAGUGUACAAAGUUUCAGUUCGAAAGCUCACUCGAGUAAUAAAAGACCCAGCCAUCCAGGAGGGCAAGGCUCUGCCAGACAAUGGGGCCUGCAAGCACUACAAGAAGAGCUUUAGAUGGCUCAGAUUCCCGUGUUGUGGGAAGGCCUAUCCAUGUGACCUCUGCCACAAUGACAAGGAGGACCAUGAGAUGAAGUUUGCCAACAGGAUGAUCUGCGGCUACUGCUGUCGGGAACAGGCGUACGCCUCUGAACGCCCCUGCGUUGGCUGUAGCAGCUCCCUGACCAAGGUUCGCACUGCACACUGGGAGGGAGGCAAGGGGUGUCGCAACAGGAUUGCAAUGAGCAAGAAUGAUGAGAAAAAAUACAAGAACAUGAACAAGACUGUUUCAAACAAAGCUAAAACUACAGAAGAAAAGAAGGCAGUGAAGGUCACCAAACUGAGACAUGCUUAAUUGUGGACAUCAUCUGUCUAAUUUAACAUCACGCAUAUGUACUCACUUUACAAGAACAUUUUGACUGUUGUGAAAGACCCUUGAAAUGACUGCAUGAUGUUCUGAUAUCUCAAACAUGUACAUGUAAAUAGUGAAUGUUGAAUUUUCUAUGAAUUUCUGUAUGUUAUAUAUUUGUUUAAAAUAUAUGGUAAAAAUUUGAA